AUGGCUUCGGCGGCUCUUCAGAUUCUGGGGAUGAGCCUGGCGGUCCUGGGCUGGCUGGGGGCCGUGGUGUCCUGCGCCCUGCCCCUGUGGAAGGUGACGGCCUUCAUCGGCAACAGCAUCGUGGUGGCCCAGGUGGUGUGGGAGGGGCUGUGGAUGUCCUGCGUGGUCCAGAGCACGGGCCAGAUGCAGUGCAAGGUGUACGACUCCCUCCUGGCCCUGCCCCAGGACCUGCAGGCCGCCCGGGCCCUCUCCGUCAUCGCCCUGCUGCUGGCGCUCCUGGGCUUGCUGGUCUACCUGGCUGGCGCCAAAUGCACCACCUGCGUGGAGGACGAAGCGGCGAAGGCCCGGCUGGUCCUGACGUCCGGGAUCGUGUUCCUGCUGUCGGGGCUCCUGGUCCUGAUCCCGGUGUGCUGGACGGCCCACGCCAUCAUCCAGGACUUCUACAACCCGCUGGUGGCGGAGGCCCAGAAGCGGGAGCUGGGGGCCUCGCUCUACCUGGGUUGGGCGGCCGCGGCCCUGCUGCUGCUGGGCGGGGGGCUGCUCUGCUGCACCUGCCCCCCGGGGUCCUCGCGGGGGGCGGGACGCUACGUGGCCCGCUACGCCGCCUCCCCCUCCGCCCCGGGGGCUGCCCGCGGGCCCGCCGACUACCCAGCCAAGAAUUACGUCUGA